ACACUGCCGCGGCUACUAGUGUCGGCGGAUCUUUGCGGCGGAUGGUGUUCGUGUAUUUUAAAAUUGUGUUGUGUUUUUUUUUAAUAAAUAUAAUAUAAUUUGUGAAUUAUUUAUUUUUGUGAAUAAGUCUAACAAAGUACAAGUAUGUCGUGGUUAUUCGGAUAUAGUGCCAAACCUCCACAACCGCCGUCUGAUGAUCCACCUUCAGACGGCGGAGGUACUGCCGCACCCUCCGUUAACCUAUCCAAGUCUGAAAGAAGGGCAAUGGAAGCUUAUCGCUUCGAUUCCAGCGCCUUAGAAAGAGCAGCUCAAGCUGCUAAAGAUCUUGAAUCGUCUAAAUAUGCAAAGGAUGCAUUGGAUCUUAGCAAGUUACAAGAGGCUACCAGGCAGCAGGAGCAGAUGGCUAAGAUCAAAGAAUACGAAGCUGCCAUAGAGCAAUCUAAAGUGGAACAGAAAAAAGUAGAUUAUGAAGAGAGAAGAAAAACUCUCCAGGAAGAGACAAAACAACAUCAAAUGCGUGCUCAAUAUCAAGAUCAGUUAGCUAAGAAGCGUUAUGAGGAGCAGCUAGUGCAACAACAAAAAUCUCAAGAAGAAAUUUUGCGAAAACAAGAAGAGAGUGUAGCCAAACAAGAAGCCUUACGCAGAGCUACUAUUGAACAUGAAAUGGAACUCAGAGAAAAAAAUAAACUUAAAGCCAUAGAAGCAGAAGCAAGAGCUAAAGCCAAAGCAGAUAGAGAAAAUCGUGAUAUAACACUAGAACAAAUCAGAUUGAAAGCAGCUGAAAACAGAGUUACCAUUCUAGAGAGCAUCAAGACUGCAGGAAGUGUAGUUGGUUCAGGAUUGAACGCUUUAGUUACUGAUUGGGACAAAACAUUGGCAGCUGCAGGUGGUUUAUCUCUUUUGGCUCUUGGUAUUUACACUGCAAAAGGGGCUACUUCAGUAACAGCAAGAUUCAUUGAAGCUCGUAUAGGCAAACCUACUCUCGUCAAUGAAACCUCAAGAUUUUCACUAUUAGAGGCUGUCAAACAUCCUAUACUUACAAUAUCAAAGGCCAUCACAAACUUUAGAAAACCUUCAGAUGCUUUGGCAGGAGUAGUUUUAGCACCUAAUCUUGAGAGACGCCUACGAGAUAUUGCUAUUGCCACAAAGAAUACUAGAAUAAACAAAGGAUUUUAUAGAAACUUAUUGAUGUAUGGUCCUCCUGGUACAGGCAAAACAUUGUUUUCCAAGAAAUUGGCUACCCAUUCUGGCAUGGACUAUGCUAUACUUACCGGUGGAGAUGUUGCCCCAAUGGGCAAAGAUGCAGUUGCUGCCAUACAUAAAGUAUUUGAUUGGGCAAAUACUAGCCGUAAAGGGGUCCUACUCUUUAUUGAUGAAGCUGAUGCAUUCUUGAGAAAGCGUUCCUCUGAAAGGAUAAGUGAAGACCUGAGAGCAGCACUAAACGCAUUUCUGUAUAGAACUUCAGACCAGAGCAACAGAAUUAUGUUGGUACUGGCAUCCAACACACCUCAACAAUUUGACUCUGCUAUUAAUGACCGUCUUGAUAAAAUGAUUGAAUUUGGUCUGCCGGGUUAUGAGGAACGCGAACGUUUAAUUCGUCUUUACUUUGAUAAGUUUGUACUUCAGCCUGCAUCAGAAGGAAAAAGGCGUCUCAAUGUGGAUCAAUUUGAUUAUGGAGCCCUAUGUUCCAAUCUAGCGACACGGACGGCAGGCAUGUCCGGGCGAGCUCUUUCCAAGCUCGGAGUCGCAUGGCAGGCCGCAGCCUAUGCUUCAGAUGACGGCAGACUCACUGAGCAAAUGUGUAUUAGCAUCUGUGAUGAUGCUGUCAAAGAUCACCGUCAGAAGAUGGAAUGGUUGUCGAAUGAAGAGAAGACACGUAGUAUGAUGCCAUAUCUAUUAGAUUUGCCGCCUCUAGACAAACCAGAAAAUGAUUUCAACAAUUCCAAUGAUGAAGUUGUACAAGAGGCUACCAAAACCCCUAUGAAAGCAAAGAAACAGAAAUCUGUACCAAAAGAGCCAGAAACGGAAAAGUGACACCAGCUAAACGCAAAUAAUGUUGUAGAUGAAACAACAGAACCAGUCACACAAUGUUCCAAUAGCAACACAAAAAAUGCCCGCUGUGAUAUAAAUAACAAAUUCAUUUUUAACUGCCACAGACUUACAUAUAAAAGAUUUAUUCAAUUGAGUGAUGAUGAUAUGAUGGCAUUGCAAAAACUGUCUCUUAAUUUGAAAACUAAGAUGUUAAUCACUAAAAAUGUCUAAAUGCACUAUAUAUAAAAAUAUUUUAAUGAAGUAUUUAUGCAAUGUAGUAAAGUUAUAAUUAUUGUCAUUUAUGGGUAGUUUUCAAUAAACAAACCUAAUCUAAAUCUUCGAUCCGAGGUAGUGUAUCAGCUACAUUAUACAUGUCAAAUAAGACACUCUUAAAAUUGUUAGUCCUUUGAAAAUAUGGUCAUUUUUGGGACCAGCAUCUGAACGUGGCCGUCAUUUAUUUUGCGCAUUCCUAUGCAUUGGUUACUAUAAGAAUAGAUUUAUUAAGAAAUGGGGUGUUUUCAAUAAAAAAAAUUGGCAUUUUAUAUUGUAUAUGUGUGUCAAAUAGAUUUGUGUACGAGUUCCCACUGUCUUGGCAGUGAUUGGGAAAUGCUUUAUCGCGCAGAAUUUCGGCUUUGCAUAGAUGGUGUUAUAUCUAACACCAUUAAUAUUUGGUAGUGUACUGAUGACCAAUAAUUGUACAAAUUAUAAUAAUGCAAUGUAAUUCUUACUAUGCAAUUUAAUUAUAAUUAUUGAAGCAAAUUUUUUGGCAUAGGUCCGACGUUUUUAGUCGACUGUUAUUAAAAACAUUUUUUUGUUUGUUAUUUUAUUGGUUACUGUUGUAUAUUAGUCAUAAAUAGUAGAUUCUAUUAUUAGAAUAUUGUUCUUAAA